ACAUGUAUAUAUAUAAAAAAAUAUUCUCUUUAUCGACAAAAUUAAUUGUUAUCUGCUGCUGCUGCGAUCCUUGAAGAUAACCAUUAGUUCCGAAAACCCACUUCUUUUUAUUACUGAGGUUCACGAAAGAAAGAAGAAAGAAAACUAUGUCGUACGAAGGGGUUGACCAAAUGGACUACAUGGUCGAUGAAGGAGACGUUGUAGAUUCUGCUGACGAGGCCAACCUCGAUGAGUAUGAUUUGCUAAUGCAAGUGACGGAUACAUCGGCUUCACAAGCAAGGAAAGGGAAGGAUAUACAAGGUAUUCCAUGGGAUCGAUUGCAUAUAACAAGGCAAAGCUACAGAUUGACGAGGCUUGAACAGUAUACAAAUUACGAGAAUAUACCUUCGUCUGGCGAAGCAGUUGAUAAGGAAUGCAAACCGACGAAGAAAGGAGGCAUCUACUAUGAUUUCAUUUACAAUACACGAUUAGUCAAACCUACUAUACUUCAUUUUCAGUUAAGGAACUUGGUGUGGGCUACGUCGAAACAUGAUGUCUAUUUUGUUUCGAACUAUUCGGUUAUGCAUUGGUCAUCAUUAUCCCAAAACUUGACCGAAGUACUAAAUUUCUCUGACCAUAUUGUGCCGACUGAGAGAAAUCCAGGGACGUUGACGGAAGGUUUUACACGAACUCAGUUGAGCACAGUGGCGGUGAAAGACCGUUUACUGGUGGGUGGUGGCUUCCAUGGAGAAAUUAUUUGUAAGUAUCUGGAUAAACCAGGUGUAAGCUUUUGCACGAGGACAACACAUCGGGAGAAUGCUAUUACAAAUGCCAUCGAAAUAUUCGAAAGUUCCAGUGGACUGCAUUUUAUGACAUCGAACAAUGACUCCGGUGUAAGAGAAUAUGAGACAGAGAGGUUUCAGCUCCUUAACCACUUCCGUUUCCCUUGGCCUGUCAAUCAUACAUCAAUGAGCCCCGAUCGCAAGCUUAUGACGGUUGUUGGAGAUGAUCUUGAUGGAUUACUUGUAGAUGCGCGCAAUGGGAAGACAGUCUCGUCAAUUGUGGGCCAUCUAGACUACUCGUUCGCAUCAACAUGGCAUCCGGAUGGCAGAAUAUUUGCAACGGGGAAUCAGGACAAGACGUGCAGAGUGUGGGACCUACGAAACAUGUCAGCACCAACUGCAACACUCAAGGCUAACAUAGGCGCAGUCAGAUCCAUUCGUUUCUCCGGUGACGGUCAGUUUCUAGUGGUGGCCGAACCUGCAGACUUUGUUCACAUUUACAGCACUAGAGAUAAUUACGAGACAAGGCAAGAGCUUGAUUUCUUCGGUGAGAUAUCCGGAGUUUCUCUUAGCCCAGAUGACGAGUCUAUCUAUAUCGGAAUUUGGGACCGUACUUAUGCCAGCUUGUUGCAGUAUAACCGAAGACACACUUACGAAUAUCUCGAUUCACUUAUAUGAUAUAUAUAUAUAUAUAUAUA